AUGGAUUUUCUUGAACCAAUGAUAGCCUUAAACGAGACACAUUAUCAAGACGGUUAUAGAGAUGGUUAUGAUGAUGGCUUGGUAUCCGGAAAGGAAGAAGGAAGGCAGGUCGGGUUAAAGAUGGGUUUCCAAGUAGGUGAAGAGCUAGGAUUCUAUCAGGGCUGCUUGGAUGUGUGGAUGUCAAUAAUUCGCCUUGAUCAAGAUGCAUUCUCAGCUCGGGUCAGGAAAUACAUGGAGCAACUAGCUACACUUCUAAGCAACUAUCCUUUGUCUGAUCCAGAGAAUAAUCACCUUCAAGACAUGAUGAAGGAGAUAAGGCUGAAAUUCAGGGUUAUCACGGGAAGCUUAGGAGCAAAAUUGGGGUAUGAAGGUCGUCCCACAUCAUCAGAGCAAGACCUUGAGGAUAUUUAGCUUGUUUAGCAUUAUUGAUAGGGUU